AUCGAUGAUGGUAAUUGGUAACUUAAUAGUAAAGAAGGAGAGAAACGUAUUUUUACUAUUUUUUAUAAAAUUUGUCAUAAAUGACCACCGAGGAGCAGAAAUUGGACCAAAAACUAAUUUUCAAGCAGUCUACCUUCCAGUUGAACAAGACAACCAAGAAAAAAUUUGUAUGGAAAGGAUUGAAGCAAAUAAUUUCGUCCGAAAAAGCACUUCCAUGGCCAGAGGAAGCUGUUCAUUACAGUGCAAUAAAUGCACCUCCUUCAUUUAAACCACCAGAAAAGUUUUCGGAUCUCUCCGGCUUACCGGCACCAUAUACUGAUCCCCAAACAAGACUGAGAUUUGCGAACAAGGAUGAAUACGCAACAAUUGUAGACCUGCCUAUGGAUAUAACUGCUGGGUAUUUGGCACUGCGAGGAGCUACAAGCAUUGUUGGAUGAAACAACAACAACUGAAUACUUAGAAAGAUGAUUAAACCGUAAUUUUUUCUUAUACGGGCUUUUUUCAACCAGCUGUGGAUUCCUCUGGGACAAAGGAUUAGGAGAGCGUAGUUUAAGUACAAAUGUAUAUUGAAUUGAUU